GCGGAGAUUUUCAUAUCGCUGUUUUUUCUUCUUGAAACUGCGAGUGAUCGGGUUGAUUUGAACUCUGCUUAGCUCUGUGGUCGUAUUCUGGUACCGAAAUGUCAUGAUUCUGUGAUUUGUGUUGUAUGAUUUGCUUGAGUUUCACUGCAUUAUAUGAAUUAUUAUUACCUUGUUUGGAAAGCUUCCGAUCCAAUGUCUAUGAUGAUUUUGAAGUUAAUGCAUUCAAUGCAGAGGAGUUGAGUCUCGUGAGAAGAUGAGGGAAAUCCUUCACGUUCAAGGAGGUCAAUGUGGUAACCAGAUCGGAUCAAAGUUUUGGGAAGUGUUGUGUGAUGAACAUGGCAUUGAUCCUACUGGCCGAUACACUGGAACCUCCGAUUUGCAACUUGAACGUGUGAAUGUGUACUACAAUGAGGCUUCUUGUGGACGUUAUGUUCCUCGUGCUGUGCUCAUGGAUCUCGAACCUGGUACCAUGGACAGUGUGAGAACGGGUCCUUAUGGACAAAUCUUCAGGCCGGACAAUUUCGUCUUUGGGCAAUCUGGUGCUGGUAAUAACUGGGCCAAGGGGCAUUACACAGAAGGAGCAGAACUCAUUGAUUCUGUGCUUGAUGUUGUCAGAAAAGAAGCCGAGAACUGUGAUUGUCUUCAAGGUUUCCAAGUGUGCCAUUCACUUGGUGGAGGCACUGGUUCUGGAAUGGGGACUCUGCUGAUUUCCAAAAUCAGAGAAGAAUAUCCGGACAGGAUGUUACUUACUUUCUCCGUCUUCCCUUCACCAAAAGUGUCAGAUACUGUUGUAGAGCCAUACAAUGCCACCCUUUCCGUUCACCAGCUUGUCGAGAAUGCGGAUGAGUGCAUGGUGCUGGACAAUGAAGCAUUAUAUGAUAUUUGCUUCAGGACUCUCAAGUUAACUACUCCUAGCUUUGGAGAUCUCAACCAUUUAAUUUCUGCUACAAUGAGUGGAGUGACAUGCUGUCUCAGAUUUCCUGGUCAGCUUAACUCUGACCUCAGAAAACUUGCUGUGAAUCUCAUUCCUUUUCCUCGUCUACACUUCUUUAUGGUGGGAUUCGCUCCUCUUACCUCAUGCGGGUCGCAGCUAUAUAGAGCGCUAACCGUCCCGGAGUUGACACAGCAAAUGUGGGAUUCUAAGAACAUGAUGUGCGCUGCAGACCCACGCCAUGGCCGUUACCUCACUGCCUCUGCCAUGUUCAGGGGCAAGAUGAGUACUAAAGAAGUUGAUGAACAGAUGAUCAAUGUUCAGAACAAGAAUUCCUCAUAUUUCGUGGAAUGGAUUCCAAACAAUGUUAAAUCAAGCGUCUGUGACAUUGCUCCUAAAGGACUCUCCAUGGCAUCAACCUUCAUUGGAAACUCAACCUCCAUUCAGGAAAUGUUCAGACGUGUGAGCGAGCAGUUCACUGCCAUGUUCAGAAGGAAGGCUUUCUUGCACUGGUACACUGGAGAAGGAAUGGACGAAAUGGAGUUCACGGAGGCAGAAAGCAACAUGAAUGAUCUCGUUUCCGAGUAUCAACAAUACCAGGACGCCACAGCUGAUGAGUAUUACGAAGAUGAAGAAGAGGAGCCCGAAAGCGAAAACGAGUAACUUCGGUUUGCUGUGAGUAACCUAUAGUGUAUGAUGAUGUUCUAUACAUAUAUGUGUGUGCCAUUAGUGUUUGAUGACAAGUUGUAUGCUUGCUGUGUUUCUUCUAUUCUUCAUUUGGUUUGUUUCAGUAUGUGGUUUUGUAAUGUUAGAGUUAUCCCAUCUUCACAUCUAGAGUUGAAGUUGUCAAGUAUUGUUAUUGGGGAGAGAUGAGAACUUAAAGGAGUAUUUGUGUUUGCAUGAGUUUCCACUUCGGAAACGUUCACGGAUUGAUUGAUAUGAAACCCCUAGCCAAUCAGUUCCAUGA